CGUGCCCCUCAGCAGCGUCAACGGACCGACCUGAGCUUCAUCUUCUUCAGGAAAACUGGACUGAAUCUGCAGGAAAAGUGCUAGGCCACUGAGGCUGACAUCUAACUUUCAAUGAUGGAGGGCAGUGGUAGUGGUUGGCCAGGUGACCCCAUACCCUCCUGUUGCCUGAGUAACAUCACCACGGAGAACUCCAGCAUGGGUCGGAUAUAUGAAGUGGUGGUACAGUCAGCAAACAGCACUAGAAAACGCAGUCCACAGUUUGUUGGGGUGGAGCUCCUUCAGUCAUUCAAACCCCUCAUCAUCCCCUGUUAUGCCCUGGUAGUGCUGGUGGGUGUUUUUGGGAACUAUUUGCUGCUGUAUGUCAUCUGCCACACCAGGAAGAUGCACAACGUGACUAAUUUCUUCAUUGGGAACUUGGCAUUCUCAGACAUGCUGAUGUGUGCCACUUGUGUUCCCUUUACCCUGGCAUAUGCCUUCAACCCUCGAGGAUGGGUGUUUGGAAGAUUCAUGUGCUAUUUAGUGUUCCUUAUUCAGCCGGUGACUGUGUACGUGUCUGUGUUCACGCUAACCGCCAUUGGGGUGGACAGAUACUAUGCUACGGUCCACCCUCUGAAGAAACGCAUCUCUGUGUUGGCCUGCGCAUACCUCCUGUCCGGUAUAUGGAUCCUCUCCUGUGGCCUGGUGGCUCCAGCGGUGGCCCACACCUACCACGUAGAGUUCAAAGACGAGGGCUUCACAAUCUGCGAGGAGUUCUGGAUGGGCCAGGAACGUGAGCGAUUGGCCUACGCCUACAGCACGCUUUUCAUCACCUACGUCCUCCCGCUUUCCGCUCUCUGCAUCUCAUACCUGUGUAUCUCUGUCAAGCUUCGCAACUGUGUGGUGCCUGGGCACCGCACUCAGAGCCAGGCAGAGGCCCAGCGGGCCCGGAAGCGGAAAACAUUCCGCCUUGUGACGCUCGUGGUGGCAGCUUUUGCGGUCUGUUGGCUCCCGAUCAGUGUCUUUAACGUCCUUCGCGACAUUGAUAUCAACUUGAUUGAUAAGCGCUAUUUCCUGCUCAUCCAGCUGCUGUGUCACCUAUGUGCCAUGAGUUCAUCUUGCUGCAACCCCUUUCUGUACGCGUGGCUGCACGAUCGCUUCCGAGCAGAGCUACGAAAGAUGUUCACAUGCCACCGCCGAAUUGGGAUUGGGAUACCCGCCAACAACUGCGCCACUGCGAGCGUAGUGCUCUGACAGAAAUGACCCGGUGUGGGGUUAACGCCAGAGUGUGAGUGAUAACACAAACUCUGAAGUCCACACUUAAGUGGUCUGUUUCAGGUGCACAUACAGUCAGUGUAAAUACUUGCUUCAUUUGGCAACAUACGCGUGUUAGUAGCAUGUCCAGAAAGUGAGUGCAUAAACAGAGUGAACCUACUGGUGGUUAUGAUGACUUGCAAUGGGACACUACUCCUCGACUCAAGACUCUCAAGGACUAGCCCAAUGAUGCAUGUGCUUGCGGAAGGAAGGAUCAAGUGUGAGGACAAGUAAACAGAUCAAUUAUCUUUAUUCUUCUUAUUCUUCAGAAGCAAACCCUUCAGCUGAGAAUGAAACAGAGACACUACAAAUACGGGAACACUCUUUUGAAGUGACUGUAUGCUUGAAGACGUUUGUCUUUGAACAGUAUUUCCACAUGAAAC